AUGUCGCCCUCAAAACAGAAUAGUCACUUCAAACUGCUCCAGCAGUUCAAGCCAGACUAUUCACCUAGUGAAUUCACAGAGUAUGAGUCUCAACGCACUGGCAUGCGGGUCGUGGUGAUCGACCAGAAGGGCCCCAAGGUGAACGGCUACUUUGUACUCGCCACUGAGAUCCACGAUGAUUCAGGUGCUCCUCAUACUCUGGAGCAUCUCUGCUUCAUGGGAUCACGGAACUACCGAUACAAGGGCUUCCUGGAUAAGCUGGCAACUCGGGUGUACUCCAACACCAAUGCCUGGACGGCGACCGAUCACACAGCCUACACACUUGACACAGCCGGCUGGGAAGGCUUUGCACGUAUCCUUCCUGUCUAUCUAGAGCAUGUCAUUGCCCCAACGCUGACAGACGAGGGCUGCUAUACGGAGGUGCACCACAUCGACGGCACUGGAAACGAUGCCGGUGUAGUUUACUCGGAGAUGCAGGGUGUCCAGAACAACGCCGCGGAGCUGAUUGACCUGGCAGCUCGACGUGCCACCUAUCCUCCGGGCAUUGGAUUCCGGUAUGAGACUGGAGGAAUGAUGGAGCAGCUUCGAGUCUUGACUGCAGAGCGGAUCAGAGAGUUUCACCGAGAGAUGUAUCAGCCAAAGAACCUCUGCUUGAUCAUUACGGGUGAGGUCGACCAGAAUAACAUGCUGGAAAUCCUGGACAAGUUUGAGGACACCAUUUUGGAUGUCAUUCCUAGCCCAGAUGCCUCCUUCAAGAGACCCUGGACUGAUUCCAAGCAAACUCCCGCCUUAGAGAAGUCCAUCAUCGAGAGAGUGGAAUUCCCUGAGGAAGAUGAGUCAUUUGGUGAAGUUGAGAUCCGAUUUCUUGGUCCGGAUUGCAACGAUGCCAUACAAUGUAUGUUUGUCACUGCUUCCUUCCUAUAUAUAGAUACAGAAGCUAACAAUCUCCCAGCUGGUGCCUUGAAUGUGGCUCUCUUGUAUCUGGCCGGCUCAUCUGCCUCCCUGCUGGAGAACACCAUCGUGGAAAAGGAGCAGAUCGCCAGUGCUGUCUACUAUUCCACCGAUGACCAUCCCAGCAUCGAGAUUCGCUUUACACUAACUAGCGUUGAGACUGAAAAGCUUGAGCAAGUUGAAAAGAGAUUCUUCGAGAUCUUGAAAGAUGCGAUGAAUAAGCCACUAGACAUGAAAUAUAUCAAGGAAUGCAUUGACCGCCAGCGCCGUUCUUGGAAGUUCUCGACUGAAAACUCAGCGAACAGCUUUGCUGAGUACGUCAUUACGGAUUUCUUGUUCGGAAAACGUGAUGGUUCAACCAUGCGGGAUGUUGCGUCGCUGAAGGAAUAUGAUGCUCUUGAAAGCUGGACGGAGGAUGAGUGGCGUGCUUUCAUCAGAAAAUGGAUCGCUGAUGCGAAUCAUGUUUCAAUCCUGGGUGUUCCGUCGCUGAAGAUGUCUGACAAAUUGAAGGCGGAUGAGGAGGCCCGAGUUGCCGCGCAAAAGAAACGUUUGGGUGAAACUGGUCUGAAGGAGCUUGCAGACAAGCUUGAGCAGGCCAAGGAAGUGAACGACAGGGAAAUCCCGGAAGAGGUACUGGCCGAGUUCACUAUUCCUGGAACUGAAUCUAUUCACUUCACGGAGACGACCACUGCGCGCUCAGGUGCUGCACUAAAGGCUGGCCACCCUGAUCACAAGAUUCAAAAGCUGGUGGAUACUGACAAGACAGACAUGCCUUUGUUCAUUCACUUCGAGCACAUCCCCAGCAGCUUUGUACAGAUGUCUGUUCUUUUCUCCGCGCAGUCAGUUCCCAUUCAGCUUCUCCCCUUGUUGUCUAUCUACACGGAGGCGUUCUUCAACAUUCCGGUCCUGCGUGAUGGCAAGACCAUCAACUUCGAGCAAGUUGUGGUCGAAUUGGAGAAGGACACCGUCGGAUACAGCAUGGAAUCCGCACGGGCCCUCGGAAGUUCCGAGAUGCUGCGUGUCUCCUUCCAGGUGGAGCUUGAGAAGUAUGAAACUGCCAUCGCCUGGAUCCAGGAACUGUGCUGGAAUUCUGUUUUCGAUGUCGAGAGACUCCGUGCCAUCACAACUAGACUCCUCGCCGACGUCCCUGAAUCUAAGCGCAACGGCGACUCUAUGCUCGCUGCGGUUCACACUAUGGUACACUAUGCACAGGGAUCUAUCUCGCGCGCUCGAUCUACCUUGGUAAAGGCACGCUACCUAAAGCGGGUCAAACGGCUGCUGUCAAGCCAGCCCGAAGAGAUCGUCAGCCGCAUGGAGGAAAUCCGCAAGUCGCUGUUUCGCCCGGACAACAUUCGAGUUGUGGUGAUUGCCGACCUCGAGAAGCUUCCUCGUCCUGUCUCGGCCUGGAAGCAGUUUGCCGAGCGUCUCGGAAGCAGCGAAAACCUGAAGCCCAUCACUAACCGCCGGGCUUUGAUGAGCGAUGCGGGCAAGAAUAUUGGUGGCAAGUCAUACAUUGUCCCAAUGCCCACUGUCGACUCGUCUUUCGCCUAUACUACUUCUCGAGGUCUUGAUUCUUACGACCAUCCCAAGUUACCGGCGCUUCUUGUUGCAAUUGCGUACAUGAACGCAGUUGAGGGUCCCCUCUGGGUGGCAGUCCGCGGCACCGGCCUGGCCUAUGGCACCAACUUCGGCUACAACAUCGACACGAACUUCGUCACCUUCGAUGUGUACCGUUCUCCAAACGCGCACAAGGCAUUUGAGGCGAGCAAAAAUAUCGUCGAGAAUUACUUGUCUGGUGCCACUCCCUUCGAUCCAUUGAUGCUGGAAGGUGCCAUUAGCAGCAUCGUAGUUGGCUUCGCCAACGAGCAAAUUACUGCAGCCAGCGCUGCUCAGGGCAGUUUCAUUCGCCAAGUCGUUCGCAACCUGCCCAGCGACUACAAAGAGAAGAUGCUCAAGAAAGUACGGGAUAUCAACGUUGAUGAGGUCAAGAGUGCUCUGCGCGAUAUCAUCCUGCCUAUGUUCUCGUCGGAGACAGCCAACCUUGUCGUCACAUGUAGCCCCGUUCUAGAGGAGCCUCUUGUGCAAGGUUUCAAGUCCGCUGGCUUCACUCCAACUGUCCAGCCACUCAAGGAAUUCGAGGACGACUAUGGUCUUAAGCUCGAUGGCGAUGAGGAAGACGAUGAAGAUGAAGAUGACGAAGAUUAUGAGAACGACUCAGAGGACGAUGACGAUGAAGAUGACGAAGAGAUGAGCGAUGCGUCCCACGAACUCUAG